CCCAACAGUUUGGCCUCCAGCAGGUAAAUGGCGCCCUCUGGUGGCUGCAGCUGAGACGGACGUCAUCAGGGGAUUGGAAAUGGAAAACGUGUCAGCUUGAACAAACUGGAUUUAAAAUUCAGGAGCUUCCAGAGUUGGGAUGUGCUCUCUGGUCAUGAUGAUGAUGAUGAUGAUGAUGAUGAGUUGGGCUGAACAAGGAAGCAGCAGCAGCGGUGGGAGGGACGGAGAGGUAAGAGGAGAGGCGUCACCUGUACGUGAAACGAACACCUGUUGCCCGGUGGGCUCUUAAAGACGGAUGAGAAAAGAAAAGGUUCGUGUUACAGCUGGGGAUCCUGGUGGUUUUUGUCGCUUAAAGGAACAAAACCUUCAUUCUACUCKGUUUCAAACUGUCGCUUCAGUUGGACCAGAGGGAACAUGUAGAGGAUUUAUUUUUAAAGGGAAUCCACCAGCGAACCACAGGUAAUCAAAAAUGCAGAGAAGGAAAUAAAAUCCAAUCAAGAGAUGAGGCUGAACAUGCUGCAGGUUGUUUGACUGACAGAUAUGGGGUCAGGAAGAUCACUCUGGCAGACUUUCGCUGCAGUUGUACUCAUUUGCCACUUUUUGACCACUGAUGGUGGGAAGUCRGAGGUCCGUGGAAAGGUUGGAGGCUCGGUGGAUCUGGAGUGCAGUUUUCCACCAGCAGGGCGGCAGUCUGGGUCAUCUGCAACCCAACAUGUGGUGGAAUGGGUGCGGCAAGGCGUUGACAUUCCUGUCCUGAUGAAAUUUGGACCCUACACACCCCGAGUCCAUCCACGUUUUGAAGCCCCGCCCACUUUCACCAAAGUCCCACCCCCUGUGGUCCAGGCCCUGGUGGGAAGUCCCCUGUCUCUCGACUGCGUUGCUAUUGGCAACCCUACGCCAACCAUCACCUGGCUGAAAGACGGCAGCGCCGUUCCCAGUGCAAACCUCCAGGGAGGAGCGCUGUCUCUGGCGGCGGUGACCGCGCAGGCGGCCGGGCUGUACGCCUGCCACGCCUCCAACGCCGAGGGAAACGCCAGCCGCGUGGCGAGGCUGGAGAUCAAAGGUCCGCCUGUCAUCCUGGUUCCUCCUAAAGACACAACCCUCAACAUGUCCCAGAAUGCACUGCUGCAGUGCCAGGCGGUGGCCGACCCUCCCAACAUGACGUACGUGUGGCAGAAAGCCGGAGAAAACGUCCAUCAUAUCGAGUCUCUGAAGUCGCGCGUCAGGAUCCUGGUUGAUGGAUCGCUGCAGAUCGUCCGUUUACGGCCUGAAGACUCCGGGAACUUCACCUGCGUACCGACCAACGGGGUGCUGACCCCGCCCACCGCCUCCGCCAUCUUAACUGUGAUGCGUACAAAAACAAAAUUAAGUUGUGCGCCUUUCCUUCAGUAUCCAGGAUGGACUCUGAAGACCGACGGCUCUUUGGUGAUGGCGACGGUCAAUGAGGACGCAGAGGGCAGCUACAGCUGCACUCCAUACAACAGCUACGGCACCAUGGGGCCGUCUGGACCCACCAGGGUGGUUCUGCAGGAYCCCCCGUCUUUCAGCAUCACUCCAGCCGAGGAAUACAGGCGGGACGCCGGCAGGACGCUGCUCAUCCCCUGUCAAGGAAACGCAGCCGCAGCAGCCACCUGGAGCAAGGUUGACCCAGUUCGUUCUGUUUCUUACUCCAUCGAACCCAACGGCUCCUUGCUGCUGCAGCCUCUUCUGAAGGACCACCAGGGGGAGUGGGAGUGCAGCGUCUCCAACCGCGCUGCGUCCUUAGAGACCCGCACACGAGUCUUUGUCCUGGGAACCAGUCCCCACGCGGCCGCCGCGCUGGCCGUCUCUCCUGGGCCGAGCCGGGCCAACCUGUCCUGGGAGGCCGGCUUCGACGGGGGAUCAGCGCAGACGUUUUCAGUCUGGGUGAAGAGGAUUUCGGCGAGCGGUGGCGACGGGAGGCAGGAAUGGUCCUCCGUACCCGUUCCCGCCUCAUCCGGCACCAGCCUGCAGGUUUUGGGCCUUUCUCCCGCCACCGACUACCAGUUCAGCGUCUUGUCUCAGAACAAGUUUGGCACAGGGCCUUUCAGCGAGAUCGUAACAGCACGCACUUUGGAUCCUCAGGAGAGGAGCGUCAGACCGAAGCCCCCCGCCUCGCUGUCAGCUAAUCAGAGCUCAGCAGGUGUCAUCCUGCAGUGGGCCCUCCCUGACGCCCAGCAGCCGCCCAUCACAGGCUUCGUCCUCCAGUCCCGCUCCGCCACCGCAGCAGAGGACUGGUUUAAUCUGGAGGAGAACAUCAACGCCAGCAGCAGCCACUUCCUGGUCAGGAGUCUGCAGAAGGACCGUGUGUACGAGCUGCGGAUGCUUUCUCGUCGGGGGGAGCUGCUGAGCGAGCCCGGUCCAUCAGUCAACGUCUCCACCGCAGUGACGGAGAGCUUUGCGGCUACGUCUACGUUUGUCCCGGAGCCGUUGCUAGCCGGUGUGCUAGCCGGGAUCGGCUUCAUGUUUCUGGCGCUGGUCUUGCUGCUCGGUUCUGCCUGCUUGGUCAACCGCAGGAGGGACCGUCGCCACAGGAAGACGGAGAAUGAACCCCUUCCUGCCAUCUAUAAGUGCUCCCCGUCAAUUAAGACUUCAGGCUCCAGUAGUCCAGACAGUCUGUUGAAGAAAAGCCUCCUCCCAGCCAGCUCCCACUACCCCACAAUGUCUUUCACCACUUCCUCCUCUCAGACGGACUGCUCCACUUUGAGCACAGAGAAUAACCAUCGGCGCAAGACUCUAGAGCCAACCUACAGCAGAAGCCGCCUUACCAAGACAACUUCUUUAAUUUCUCCCUCCAUUGAGUUGAUCUCUAGAGGUCCGGAUGGCCGGUUUGCAGUCGGUGACUAUGACACAUUGAGUGUUAACAACAGAACAAUUUCCAGAGCCAAAAGAUCUGUGUCACUCCACUUGGAAAAGGAGGACAAGAAAGACCUGCCGCGUGUGCUUUCUGUUGACGUUCCUUCGUUUAAACUGGAGGGUGAUUUAAGUCAAAUCCGCAGCUUGGGUCAACUCCCGCCACUUCAGGAAAACUACAUUGUUUCGCCUGAUCAGAACAGCUUGUACUCAAACACCAGUUUUUGCACCAUGCCUUGUCUCAGCAGAAAUACUGGACUGCCUCCAGUAUUUCCCGUCCUCCCACAUCUCCGAGCCAGCAUCGGUCAGCCUUCAACAACAGCGAGCAGUUUGGUUCUCCAAAUGGAACAUGAACGUGAGAAAGGGAACCUUAGUCGGUGCCUGAGGCUGGCACAGGAGAGGGAAGAAAUGGAAAGGGAGCUUCGGUUGUACACACUAGAUAGAAACUCCAUGAAAGUCAAGACAGAGCAAAGAGAAACAAGCAAUGGGGACGAAAGUGUUGAGAGUCUUAUGUGGGAAUACAAAAGCAGGACCUUGCCAAACAUUUAUCGUGGUAAGGAGAGAUCUAGAUACCUUACAUCGUCCUCAACCAACUGGGAAGCCCAUCCUUAUGACUCAAGUUCAACUUUGAAUCCAAUCAGAGAUAAUUUGAAUACAUCUCCCCCUUCCAUUCCUUCUUUUUCUCCCUAUUUUCUUGAAUUAUUUACCAAGAAACCCAAUGGAGUCCGCCACUCUUUUGUUGACAGCUCAACUCUCCCUCACCAGAGGUGUCGAGUAGAUCCACCACAAGGCUACGAUAGUCCAAGACGAUUCUCAUCCUUUGACCCCCAAACAAGUGACUCAUUCCACAGUCCACAAAAAGAAAACAAUCUCAGUAAUGGCACAAUGUUUCACAACAACAGAAACACUCCAGAUACAGUAAGAGACUCUACAAGAUUGGACGAAAUGCUCAGUGAACCAAUUGGUUCAGUUGGCAAAGAGUCGUAUGUCGAGAUGAGCGUAGACGAGCCGGAGUAUGAGUUGCCCACGUUGCAACCUGUGAAGCCCAUGUUACACCACAGGAUUGCCUCUCAUGUUCAACAUGGCUGCUCGCUGUCUCAGAGAAGCAGGCAUGAAGACAUGAGAAGAAGCACAAGCUUAAAUUGCAGCAGGAAUGCUUCUGUCAGCAGCUUUGACAUGGCCCAUCACGGUCAGCAAACCUCAGGACCAGAACACUGGAGAGCUAGGACCCAAGGCUCCAAAACCUUGGACCGCAGUCAGCGAAGUCAGAGUCUAGACUUGAGGAAACAGAAGAAGAGUACUUUUCUCACACCGUCUGCAUGGGUAGAGUCACUCAGCCAAGAGGACUGUUCGAUUGAAUUGUCUCAUAAAAGUACCAAAACUGAGCAACAUUUCUCAACUGCUGCGGGUCCAACUCGCAGUCCAAAUCCUGAUGUGCCCCAUUGCCGCCAACCUAGUCCCUCAGCUUACACUGCCAAUCAUCCAACUCCCAAUCAGGACACAAUGAAGGAAUCGGGUUAUAUUGUCAGCCUGAAGGAGGUUUCCACAUACUUACCGCCCAUCAGCAACGACUUGGAGGCACUGGAGGUGGACUCGGGAGGCUACGAGGAAGUGGCAGACUCCGGUGGCAGCUACAACAGCUACGCUAGCAGCGGCCGCGGCAGCAUGGAGACUGCUAACGGGCAUCUGCCCUUGUCUCAACUGUCCCCAGUGCUGACAGACUCACCUGCGACUGCAGAGGACACUCGGGGGGGAUCAGAGCACAAGGAAGGUGGACAAACAGAACCAAAACGAAGGAGGCAGUGUUCGGUAGAUGAGAAUUAUGAAUGGGAUGCUGGUGACGUCUGCUCACGGCCUGGAGAACAAGAUGGCGUUCUCCCUCCACAGAAACCCGCUGCCAACCGGAGCCGUCCCAGCAUGCCGCGCUGCGAGAAAGCACAGAAACGUUCCCCUGCGUUUGCGUCGCUGCCGGGGCAUCAAAGCAGGCGCUCUGCUGAGCCAGAACCAGACGCCGUGCUGUUCUGACAGAGCCGCCGCUCGCCUCAUCUCACCUGACGCACCGGGUGACAAAAGCUCACGCUGGAGAAAGUGAGCUCUUCUGUGAUCAACCUCAUUCUUUUUUUAUUUAAUUUGAUUCCAAGAGUGGAUAAAAGACGAGAGCUUUUUUUGG